AUGAUGUCUGGUGGUGGAGACACGCCCGAGGACGUCCGGAAACACGGAUAUCUCAAGAAACUCAAGACUAUGAAGAAGCGAUAUUUCGUCCUCCACGCGAAAAGCAGCGCGGGGGCGGCCCGUCUCGAGUACUUUGACAACGAGAAAAAAUGGCGUCACGGCGCGGCGCCCAAACGCACGAUCUUCCUGCAUCACUGCUUCAACAUCAACAGGAAGGAGGACGGGAAACACAAGCACAUGAUCGUCCUGUACACCAGAGAUGAGUGUUUUUCGCUCGUGGCGGAUACGGCAGACGAACAUGACGUUUGGCUCGCUGUUUUAAAGGAACUGCACGAGUCUGGUUCACAGGAAGGAUUCAUUAGCAAACAGAACUUCGAGCAUGUAUGGCAGGUGACGCUGAAGCCCAAGGGUUUAGGAAGUUCUAAGAACCUGACCGGCCAGUACAGACUCUGUCUCACGGCCAACAGCAUCACGCUACUCAAGAUGAACUCAGAGGAACCUGCCAUGGACUUUCAGUUAACACAGAUCCGGCGCUGCGGGCAUGUGGAAAGUUUUUUCCUGAUGGAGGUGGGUCGGUCGGCGGUGACGGGAGCCGGGGAACUCUGGAUGCAGGUGGAGGACACACUGGUCGCACAGAACAUGCACGAGGCCAUCCUCAGCUCGAUGAAGGCGAUCAGUUCAGACGAUGAGUUCCGGCCGCGGAGCCGCAGCAGUGGUUCGUCCAACCCGCUGCCUGUGCCGGCGGGGCGGCGCAUGACCGGGACCGUCCCCACCAUGCCGCUGUCCCACACCCUCCCCACACGCAGCCGCAUGCGCUGUGAUUCACUACCCACCGCCCCGGGGAGGGGCGGCGCACGGUACAGGACAACGUCCGAGGGCGAGAUGAAGACCAACAGUCCUGUCAGCCCCAGCAGGAAUCGGACGCGGUUAUCGGCGAUCCACCAGCGCAGCAGCCCGCGGUCCGUCAUCGCGUCCCACGGGAUGUUCAACCGCUCCGUAUCGGCCGCCGGGUCACUCUCCCAGUCCCCCAUCUCAGGCAGCCCUCUCAGCCCGAGCCCGACAGGAUUUGCGUCUGACCAGUACUCCCACCCGCUGCCGAUCAGCCGAGGACUGAUGGAAUACACGAGCGACGGGAGCACGGUAUCCAUGGACGAAUACGACUCAAGUCCCGCCUCCAGCGAUCACUACCUACAGUAAGUACCUAGGGGGUCUUGCCUCCCAUAGACAUUGUACACAAGGCUGGGACGACUCCAGCCCGGCCUCCAGAGGGAGGGGGGGACGGAUAUGUGCCCCAUGGCACCCGCCUUCCCAGGAGGUUACCCCAGUCGGUCAGCGCCCCAGGACGUGGGUUACCCGGCCCGCUCUACCCCCCAGGACGGCUCCUACAUGCCGAUGUCCGGCGCCAUCGGCCGCGGAAGCCCCACGACCUUGAGCUCGCGCCUGGAGGACGGGUACAUGCCGAUGUCCCCCGGAACCCCGCCCACCACCACCGACAUGAGACUGGAUGAGUCCUACAUGUCCAUGAGCCCGUCCAGUGUCUCCGCACCCCGACAGAUCCUCCACCGUCGCCAUGGCAACGGGGACCCUUACGUGACGAUGUCGCCCGGCAGCCGGUCACCUGACCACCCCGAGUACAUGCAGAUCUGGGCCAAUCAGAACCAGCCCAGACCCGACAACCGACAGAACAACAACAACAACGACGACUCUUCCUACAUGAGCAUGUCCCCGGUCGCACAGGCACUGCCUAACACUUCUAACACGUACAUCGUGUACUCCCCAUCUUCGGACUCCCCACCUCCUGCAGCCGUUAUAGAGAAAGGACAGAUGGAAGCGAGCGACGGUUAUGUCCACAUGGAGAUGCAGCCGAGACGACCCAACAACACGUCCGCCACUACGGAGGAGGAUAACUACAUGGCCAUGGACUUCAGCGCGAAAUCGGAGUCAGAGCGCCUCUCGUCUUCUCUCCCGGCGGAACAUCGGUUAUCGUCGUCGCCGGGCGGGACUGUGCGGCCGACAACACUCAGGCUGACCAAUCAGCAUGAGUAUAUCAAUGUCACGCCCACCGCUGCAUCAGAAGGGUACGCGGCGAUGGACUACAUCUCCGGUGACGGAGGCGUGGCGAGUUCAGACGAGUCGCGAACGAGCGCCGCGGACGGGAAAACGUCGACCUCGGAGUCUGGAAUCUACUCCGGAGAGGAGUCCAGUCGACCGAGAAGCCCCGGGGAGUACGUCAACAUCGACUACAGCACCAAGGGCACAGACGGGCCGGGAUCGGGCGCAGAAGGGGACGGUUCCGAGUACAUGAACCUGACGUAUCCGUCCGAGAAGCCUUCGCCGAAGAUCCACGUGAGCGAUUACUCCCUCAUGGCUCCCGUCACCAUCGCGGAGAAGCCUGUGGGAAAACCGCCGGGGUUGCUGAAACAGGACAGUUUGACGAGUGAGGAUGAAGGUUUGUCCUCUCAAGGCGUGAUCAGACACAGCCCGGUGUUCAGCACGUCCGCGGAUAUUUCUGUCGUGAAGAACAGCACGAAGGAGAGUCCGGAGGGCGGCGCGAGUCCGGCGUCAGUGUCCGGUUCGUACGAGAACGUUUCGCUCGGCUCGCAGAAGGGCGGCGCAUGCAGCCUGGCGCAGUCGCAAUCCCAGCCCGGCUCCCGCCACUCGUCCGUCAGCAGCGAGAAGGAACUGAACUACAUCUCGCUCGACCUGCCCUCCGACGAGGGCGAGGGCGUUGCCGCCGGCGACGAACAGCAUCCCGUUGCCAAGGCAACGCGUUCCCCGCGGAGCAGCGUGAGCUCCGAGGACAAGGCGGACGAGAAUCCGUACGCCAGCAUCGACUUCACCAAGUCCGAGGGGCUGCGGAACACCUCGCCCAAGUACCACGAUCGGGACGGCAGAUUCUAGUCGCCGUGGCAACAGCGUAACCAUGGAAACCGUGCAACCAUGGAAACCGUGUAACCAUGGAAACUGUGUAACCAUGGCAACCGUGUAACCAUGGAAACUAUGUAACCAUGGAAACCAUGCAACCAUGGAAACUGUGCAACCAUGGCAACCGUGUAACCAAUCAAGAAUUUCUGUACAAAACUUUGUGUUCAGUGAUGAUCUGAACCUGUACCGAUCGGACGGCUGAUUCUAGUCACCAUGGUGACUGUGUAACCGUGGAAACUGUGUAUCCAUGGCAACUGUGCAACCAUGGCAACCGUGUAACCAAUCGUUCGCGAGAAUAUUUCUGUACAGAACUGUGUGUUCAGUGAGUUGCUGAACCUGUACUGCUGAUUUGUAAGUAUUUGGGACGUGUCCUGUGCACCUGCAGCUGCACAUGUGGAAACCCGUGUACAGACUUAGGAUUGAUAGGAAAAAUGUUGUUACAAAUGAUGAAUUUUCUCCCAUAAUUUCCCGCCUGUGGUACAGCCCGUUGUCAGGUGUGGUCAUGUCCGUCGUCGGGCGUGGUCCUGCCUGUUGUCGGGCGUGGCCCUGUCCGUCGUUGGGCGUGGUCCUGCCCGUUGUCGGGCGUGGUCCUGUCUGUCGUCGGGCGUGGCUCUGUCCGUCGUCGGGCGUGGUCGUGUCCGUCGUCAGGCGUGGCUCUGCCCAUAUUUGGGCGGCCGUCAUGUGCAACCGUCGUUUCCUGUCCCUCGCCAGAAUCGUGCUGAAAAAAUGAAGACGGAAAAAAAUGUUCUCAGAUUUUACUGUAAUCUGUACAAAUGUGAUGGAGCUUUAUAAGAACUUGUGACAUAGUGAAAUAUUUACUGCCAAAGCCUCAAAAUGCCAACCUCAGAGUUAAGCUGUUAUAGAUAAUGUCUUAGACUUUAGGUAUGUACAAAUCUGUUUACAAUGUCAGAAUGGUAAGGAGAGAAUUAGAUAGUCCCUCAAUCGAUGGUGACACAGUCAUGUAAAACUCACUACAUCUCAUGGGCAUGUGAUCAUCACAUGGACAACAUGUGAUGAUCACAUGAUCAA